UGACAGAUACAUCGCAUGAACCUUAGACGUUAGGUCAAUAAGGUUUAUUUUUGUGAGUGAACCUUGUUAGUUCCCGAUUUCAGCACCACGAAUUUUUUUAGCACUCUGUACUUUUGAGUCGACCAAGUGAUCAGGCAAGGCAGUCAAAAUGUUGGGUCGGUUCGGCAAAGUGACACCCAUCGUCACUCAGAAUGUCCAAUUACAACAGCAGUGUGGCAUGGCCACCCUCAAAGCCAUCUCCAUUCGGUUGAAGUCUGUCAAGAACAUCCAAAAGAUUACUCAAUCAAUGAAGAUGGUGUCAGCUGCCAAAUACUCAAGAGCUGAACGUGAACUAAAACAGGUCAGACCCAUUGGUGAUGGUGCUAAGCAAUUCUAUGAAAAGGCAGAAGUCCAAGCCCUCGAAGAGAAACCCCAGAAAUUGCUUAUUGCUAUGACAUCUGACAGAGGAUUAUGCGGUGCCGUACACACAAGCGUGUCCCGUCAUAUUCGUAACGCUCUUCAGCAAGAUGACCAAAAUGUGAAGGUUGUAUGUGUUGGCGACAAGUCCCGUGCAAUCUUGUCCCGUAUCUAUGGCAAGAACAUCAUCUUUGCCGCCAAUGAAAUCGGUCGUUUGCCACCAACUUUCAUCGAUGCUUCAAAGCUCGCCGACGCUAUCCUGAAGUCCGACUACAAGUUCAGCACUGGAGAGAUUGUUUACAAUCGCUUCAAGUCCGUCGUGUCGUACAGCACACAGACACUGCCCGUCUUCAGCUUGGCCUGUGUCACGGCUGCUCCGAAACUGUCCAUUUACGAUUCGUUGGACGAUGAAGUCGUUCAGAGUUACUUGGAGUUCUCUCUGGCUUCAUUGUUGUUCUACGCCAUGAAGGAAGGCGCUUGCAGCGAACAAUCUUCUCGUAUGACGGCUAUGGAUAACGCCAGUAAGAACGCCGGCGAGAUGAUUGACAAACUCACUCUUACAUUCAACAGAACCAGACAGGCUGUCAUCACUAGAGAAUUGAUUGAAAUUAUCUCUGGUGCUUCCGCCCUCUAAAACUGUUUGCACGUUAUAUUACAUGAUCUGUGAAGUUUGUUCAUUUGGGAUUGCUGUUGAUUUUUUCCUUUGUAUGUAUUUAGUCCUUAAGGCUAAUUUUUUAUUAGGGUGUAAGGUAAAACAUUCAAAAUGUAAAGUUGAUCAUGUAAUAUGGCCACGAAUAGUAACACAGUACGUAUGUAAGAGUGAAACUGGAUGAUGAAAACUGUAAGCCCAAAGUCUCUGCAACAUCAAAUUCUGUUUUAAUAUCCGAUUUACUGUUAUAUACUUUUAAACUAUCCCUGUGGCUGAAAAUAAAAUAACAAACAAACA